AAAUUAAAACAACACCAACCAAACCAAAAGCACAAGCGCCGGCGUAAGAAACUCACGUUCCCGGUUCUCGGGGCACAAAGAUCAAAGAAAAGGAACAGAUAGAACCAGAGAAGAAUGGCGGACGGUGGGCAGACUCUGCCCGGCGUUUUUCAAGCCAUGUUAGAUCAUUUACAAUUUAUUUACGAGAAGUUUAAAGAAAAUAAGGGUGAAACAGUACCCCAGGGUUUCACGUUGGAAGAGUUCUGGACUAAAUUAAACGAUGGCGUCAAACUGUUAUCGCACGAGACGACCAAGACGAGCUUGGCCUUCUCAAAGCCACCUUUGCCCAACAUCAUGGAAACACAGAGCAUCAUCACAGCCCUGGACGCGGCCUGCAUGAAUUUAGCCACCGUAGCAGCUAGCUUACCCGCAGAAAGAGGAGCAGUUUUAUUUUCAGAAGUGCAAAACUCGAUAUUAGCCAUUUUCAAAGCGCUCGUGCCUGUGAUAAUAUCCCUCCGAGACAAAUGUGACAAAGGGGCCGAAGAGAGACUAAUAAUGACUGGCGCACUUUGGGAAGCUUGCGAGCAAGUCGCUUCGUUGCCGAAAAACAACCUGCAAGCUGUCAAUAAACAGAUGCAGAAAGACGAGCUUGUCGUGAUGGACGCACUUCUUGAAGUCGAAGAGUGUCUGCAGGAACUGAGGCGAGCCGGACACGGCGAGUGCCAGGACGCAGGCAUCCUAGACGCGGGCAUCGGGCUGGUGAAGACUGCGAGGGCCGUGGCCAGGCGAAUCGCCUUCACCGUCCGCUUUAACGGAGAGUGCAGCACGCCAGAACAUGUCCACCAGCUGGACAUGAUGGCGGCGCACAUGGCUCGAAUCAGCCCUGCGGUUGACGAUUUUGUGACCAACCUGUACCCGCCAGUAGACAAACAAGCAGCCUCUCAGACGGCAAGUGCCCUCUUCCACUGCCUACAGUCCAACCUUCUGCUGAUCAGGUCGAGUCACUGCGCCGGAGAAGGUGGCGAACUGGUUGCUCAGUGGGUCAACUUCUUGCUCGGCGCGUCCAACCACAAUGCCGGCAAAGUGCUGGCCGUUGCAGCUGGACAGGUCGUCCCCCCCUCGAACCCCCCAACAGCCUCCUAAGUGACUAGAUGGACACAAGUACAUUUUCCUAUAAGAUACGAUCUCCCCCAUUCGAGUGACAGAUGAACUUUGUAUUUUUUGUGCGAUGUGAGUGUUCUAAACUAUUUCCACUAAUGCAUUUAUGGAAUAAAUUAAUAUCAUAUCAAAUCUGUUA